AUGGAUAGCACGCGCGCAGUAGUGCACCAGCUUAGCCAUUCCCACUCUCCUCCACAAGGGAGUGGGGCGGCUUCCCAACAGGCCGACCCAUACUCGCGCCUCGAGCCGGAAAGCGCAUCCCAGGCCCAAAUCCUUAGAUCACAUCAGCGUGAUACGGCGCAGGUGUCGCGCUUGACAGAACUCGUGUCGGAGCUUCUGCGACACAUGGGCGGCACUCGCUGGCUUGCCCAUAGGCAGACAUUUGUCGACCUUGCAGUCCGUGCAGUUUACCUCUUCCUCACCUUUGGUCGCGGUCGUCAGACCCUUGGCGAGGAAUACACGGACGUGCUCCCUAAUGUGCUCUCGUACAAGCUGCCGCCAUCCCGGAGGCGUCGAUUCCUCACCAUAUUCCUACUCCUUCUUCCCUCGGCACUGACAUCUCCGUCUGCCCUGCACUAUAUGCGGGGACAGCCUGGAGAUGACUCCCGGUGGGGCCGCGCAAAGAGGCGCAUCGUGUCCUUCCUGGAGUCGCCUGUGGGUCAGAGCUUGCCCGAGAUUCACCUCGUGCUCUUCAUGUUCAGCGGCAAGUUCUACGAGGUCGCACGCCGACUCACUGGCGUUGGUUACAUCUCCGACCUGCCUCCCCGUCCACCAGAGGCGCGUGCCCCGUCAUACGAGCCUCUCGGCUUUAUCAUGGCUCUCCCCCUUCUCUACCGCUUGUUCCCUUGGCGCGGCGGGGAUUCGCCUUCCCCGUCGACGACAGUUGCCGCGAUCUUGCCCAAGGAAAAGACGGAUGUGGUGCCGUCGUCCGUCGCUGCACCAGAGGACUCUGUCGUUGUGACGGCGGAGACCGACUAUGACGCCAAAAACACAUACCUCACCGCCGAGGCCCUCGAGCUCGACGAACGCGAGCUUGCCACAGGGACUACCCCACCCACGGGCCACCGGCUUGACCGCGCAGACGCCACGAACCCCACGCUGCUUCUUCGAGCCAAACAUUCGUCACAUCACUCCCCUCUUUUCCUUCCACUACCACCUCUUUCACCACCCAAACGCGACUGUUCUUGCCAAGCAAAACGUUCACGCCGCGGCCCGGCCACCACUUCUCGGCAUCUCCUCGCAUUCAGACCAAUGCGGGUGGUGCCGUUCCCCAAGCCCGUACUCCGGAGUAGGCUCUUCGCCGACUAUCCAGAGCUCGCAACCCUCAACCGCGACUGCGGCGGCGUCCUCCUCCCCAUCAGCAUGCAAGUGCUUGAUGCUUGUCUCAGAAUGGCAUCUGUUGUCGAUAUGGCGGCCGACGCGACUCCAAAGGAGAAAGAACAGGUACAUGCGUGGAUCGACGAGCUCGAUCUGGACAAUAAGAGACGGCGAUAUCCGAUCAGUCGAGACGACAUCAGUGACAUGGCCGGCCCGAGUGCCUCGCCAGAGCGUGAUCGCGACGGAGACGGCCUGAGAAACCCUCUGUCUCCUACCAUGUACUCGGCCUCGGACCGCGGCGAGGGUACUUCAGAGGGAUACAGCGCCAUCAGUGCAGUACAGCUGGACGACUUGAAGCGGGACAUGACCCAUAGCCUCAAGCGUGAGCUGGCACAUUUGCGAGGCGAGAUGCGUCGUGACUUUGACGCCUUUCUCGUAAAUCAGAGUCACACCAAGCCCCGGCUUACUCCGUCGGUUGAGGAAGAUGAGGAGCCAGGCUUGCCUGACAUUGUGCCAGCCAGCAUCCGUCAAGCUCAACCCUCCAACGUGCCAGUUGCAGGUCCCAGCUCCAAUCGGGCGCAAUCGGCCGACAGGCCACUAUCACAACCGGUGGCGAGGCGUUGGCGACAACAGAAUGACCUACACGAUCCAUCAUGGACUCCUCGGAUCAGUGAAUCCGCCAACGACAGCCGCGCAGUCUCAUCGCGCGGCCUACCACACACUCCUCCGCAGGAACACCCCGCGCUACCUACUCUGCAAUCUCCCUUCUCGCCACGACGGAGCUCGUUCGUGCCACCCCAAUCGUACCAGCCUCCGUCAUCACAACCUCCCCCACCAACGCAACCUCAAUCUCAGUAUCCGCAUCUUCCUCCUUCUGGCGAGGCCCAGCAGUACAACACCGCAGUGUCACUUCAACAAGGGCAGCACUAUCCGGCGCCAAAUCCUGAGCCCCCAUUGUCGCCGGAACAGCGAUUUGAACAGCAGUACGCAAAGUAUGCCGCCCAGUUGCAGUCGUCCCAGCAACCCCAACAACCCUCUCAUGUGACGCCUCAACGGCAGUACACCUCUCCUCCACCGCCUCAGCAACAAUAUCCUUCCCCCUUACCUCUGCAGCAGCAGUACACUUCCCCCCCACCGCCUCAACAGCAACACUCUGCAUCCUUGUCGCCAGAGCAACGGUUUGAGCAGCAGUAUGCUCAGUAUGCCGCUCAAAUCCAGGCAAAGCAGCGGAACCCAUCCCCGAUACCACCUCCGCAGCAGUACCAGCAGACCCACCAGCAGCCACAGCCACAGCAGCAGUAUCUGCCGUCGCCAGUGUCUCCUCCGCGGUCUUCGCCUAUGCCUGUGCCACCAGGACCGGGUCCUCCCUCUGUCCCGCCUCCGCCUCAGCUUCCAUCGCACUACCCUCCAGGACCCCCACAGCAGGCAGGGCGGACACCUGUCCCCACCUCUUCCUUUCCGCAGAACUCGUUUCCGCAAAACGCUAGGCCGACAAGCUUGGUCCCCAACAUUCCGACCAGCUCGUUCCCAAAUCGGUCAUUCCCGCCUCCGACCUCUCCAUCAGCCUCGAGCGCCUCGAGCUUGUACCCUUCGGGCUCGUUCCCAACGAGCUCAUUCGGUUCCGCCAUGGCGACAGUCGCCACAUCCUCAGCGCCACUCAGGUCGCCAUCUUGGCAACCCCCCGGUGCACUACCGGCAAGUUCAUUCGCGUCCAGUUCCACCCCCAUGAGCGCAUACCCUUUCACGACCUCCCCCAAGAGCUACACGCCCAACAGCUCGAGGUCUGUGCACGGUUUCGUGCCCCCGGUCCAGUCCCAGCUGCAGCCGCGGCAACAGCCGUCACGACAACGUCAGCGGUUGCAGACGGGCCCGCAGGUCCCGCCCAAGCUGGGUGGCCGCCUGGCCCCACCAGCAGAUACCGGUGGCACCAGUACGCCCCUGCCCGGCAACUUGCCGUGGCCAAAGGACUUCCAAAAGUUCUUUGCACAGGAAGAAGCGGCGCAUGCAGGCGUCGUGAAGACUCUGGGUGUGCGGCCGCCGUUGCGGUGA